AUGCCCCCAAAGAGAAAGUCUACCGACGCGGCGGCUGACGUCGCAUCCAAAAAGUCCAAAGCCAGCACUGACAAUGCCCCUGAAAAGCCCCCAGUUCCUCGCAGUAAGCGAUGGUCGAAGGGUAUUUCUGGCUCUGCAAAUGCUGACACGGAAUAUCGCAUGAUGAUGACGCACAAUCCCGAGUCUGCUUGGCAGUUUGUCUGUCAGUGCCGACCAAUUGUCGGAUCGGAUGACGACGAGGACGUUGAAGAUGAGGGUGAGGGUGAGGGCGAGCCCAAAAAGACUGAUGGCCUCCCUCCAUGUGACCGAGGCAAGACCUGUCGUUGCACAAAGCCCAUCGAAGAACAUCCUGAUCACCCGUACACCUUGUCUCUGGGAGGCCUCCAGAAGUUCGCCACGACUUCCACCCUAUGUUCUCUGCGUAACCCAGACAUGUUCGACAUGCACAUCUACAACGACUUCUAUGGAUACGGGUUGCAGGAGGUGCUUGGGAACCUGCUGGUCGAUUUCGAAGAGGCCAAGGAUGACUGGAAACAACAGUGGUAUAUCUGCGAGGCCAUGACGCUGUUCUUCCUUCGCUACGACCCUGCCGCUUUGUUUAUGUAUGUGGCCUUUUUUUACUUUCCAUCCCCCUGCCGCCCCACCGGUUUUCUGUCUAAUGUUCGAUCGCUUUUCAGGAUCGAGGAUGGCGAAGGCUUGGAAUUGUUCCUGCAUACUGUUCGAACGAUGUUCCUCGCGAUGAUGGCAAACCUCGAGCGCCACAACCUCCUGAAACCGGACUCCGAGAUCAAGAAUAUUGGGAUGGUCAUGGGUCUAGCUAUCCGCCUCGAUGCAUAUGCGGGAGACUGUGAGGGCUUUGAGGAUCUCCCCAAGUAUCUGUAUGCGUAUGCCGCGAAGCACAAGAUUGUCCUUCACGACGCGCCAGAGGAUAGUAAUCCGGCGGAGCCAGUGCCUGCGACUGGUAAGGACUCGCUGCCUGCGCCUACGGCUGUGAAUGACCCGUGGGGCUUUGCACUGGAGCUGAAGAAGCUCGGGAAAGAACAACCACUGGGCGGAGACCGCUAUGAUAUAACCACAUUGUCUGGGCCCGAACGUAAACGGGCCAGUUUGAACGGAAAGGAUCCGCUAGGUAAGAAGGCGAUCAAGGCACUCAAGGAAGGACUUGUCAUGCAGCUGGCUUAG